AAAAAAAAAAAAAAAUAGAAAAUGUCUGGUCGUGGUAAAGGUGGUAAAGUAAAGGGAAAGGCAAAGUCGCGUUCGAAUCGAGCUGGCCUUCAAUUCCCAGUUGGCCGUAUCCACCGCCUGCUUCGCAAGGGUAACUAUGCUGAACGUGUUGGUGCCGGCGCUCCUGUUUACCUGGCUGCUGUUAUGGAAUAUUUAGCCGCUGAAGUUCUGGAGUUGGCUGGCAAUGCAGCACGCGAUAAUAAAAAGACGCGCAUAAUUCCACGUCACCUGCAACUGGCUAUUCGUAAUGACGAGGAGUUAAACAAGCUCCUCUCGGGCGUAACCAUUGCUCAGGGUGGUGUUCUACCUAACAUCCAGGCGGUGCUUUUACCUAAAAAGACCGAAAAGAAGGCUUAAAUUGGCGGCAACCUUUAAUAAAUAAAAACAAUACUGUAUAUAAAACCAACCGUCCCAUUCAGGACGACCAA